CGUCUCUUCUGCCGAGAGCGCCGGAAGCAACCGUUCCUCUUCCCAGUCCCAUUCCUCCGUCUCUUCACCCAUUCCUACCUUCCCCUCUGGACCAUGCACCGUCGUUCAAGUCUUGCAAGCCCUUCGUACCACACAAGAUCACAUCCUUCAUAGCACCGCCGCGUUCAUUGGUGCCGCCCAAUAUCACUCUCGAGCCUCUCACCCUGCCAGCAAAGGUUACCUCGUUGCUCUUACGAGGGAUGUCGUUGACUUUGUCAGGAGGUUAUUGGUUAUUGCCGAUGCCAUCCUUGGCAAUGCCACCGUCAGAGCUGGCAGAGCCCGAGAAGUCGACAUGGCGCUCGUAUACAAGACGAGGCUAUAUGUCGAGAUGAAUAGGGUGGUUGAUGCUGUUCGGGGAUUAACUGCGCUCCGACAUGAUGAUGAGAGUGAUGCUGGAUCGUCUGCCCACGGGGACGCCGACGGCGACGAUGAAGAAAAAGGCGUCGCACUCAAACGGGCACAUUUGGCCAACAAAUGUGCUGGAGACCUGGUACUCGCGCUCAAACUUUGUCUUAGCUUCCGUAUGAGCAAAGUGGCGGGUCUCACAGGUGAGGGCGGGCUCAUGAUCGACAUUCCAGAAGAGCUCUCCCAAAUUGGCACGACCCGAACAAGUACCGAUAGUCAACCCCAUUUCAUUAUCCCCCCACGCAAAACCUUUACAACCAUCCCUGCCUCCGCGAGCACGACAACGACCGCGACGACUCCUUCUACCACCCAAAAGUCUCCAGAAAUUCGAGCAUUUUCACCACGUACCAACGAACGGAUUACCAGGACGUACUCUCGUCUGGAUAGAGUUAACGGGGGUGCAGUCAUUGAAGAGUCUGCUCCUUCUGCAAUGUCCACCAGGGCAAGGGCUCUCACCACUCGCAAUCCACAGCUGAGCCAGGUUGGUCAUUCCGGCCUUCACAAGAAGGCUAUCAGCAUGAUGGGUAUGAAUUCUGUCUACCGUAACGGCGCAGUGGAAGCGCGUACUAUCCAAGAGAGGUUAAGAGCACUUCGCGAGGAGCGACCAGUCCAGUUCAGGCAGUCGCAAUCGACCCAGUUCACCGACGACGAAAUUCCAAUAUCGUUCGAGAUAGGAAGUCGAGAUGAGGAGUCGGAUCGCGAGCGACGCCCACUCUUGAUGUCAGAGCCAGAUGAUUCUGACAGUCGCGAAGGAGCAGUCCAUGUUGACGCGGAUGAGCCUCUGCUCGAGUAUCGCCGUGAUGUCCGCGACUCUCAAGAUGGUACCAGAAAGCCAAAGUCGAUUCGUCGGUCCAUUGACGAGGUACGACUUUCGUUGGAGCGCGGCUUGACCAAGAGGCCGUCGAUGAAUCUUCUUGAGCCGGCUUCGCCGCUUGAUGGCAACGAGGAGAUUGUGGACUCGGAAGAUGAGAUCAUUGAAGAAGAAGAAGAGCCCGCUGAGUCACCUACUGAUACAAAAGAAACUCCGGAGACGACCACUAUGACUCCCCAACCCGAUCAGCCACCCCGACCUGCUCACGCCCCUCCUCCAAAACCGGCUCACCACGAUGGCUUUGUUGUCUCAAGCAACGGAAACAUUGUCUUCAAUAGCGCUGGUGUCGUUGUUGGUGCUACACUCCAAGCGUUGGUCGACCGGAUUACUCCUUCUGACGUCUUGUGCGACCAGCAACUUGCAUCUUAUUUCCUCCUCACCUUCCGCCUCUUUGCUACCCCCGAAGAACUCGUAGAUGCCAUUAUAUACCGCUUCAAGAACCCCAUGAAUGGCACCCAAAUGCCUGACAGUGCCGACCCCAUGGUGGCUGUUUCAGACGAUCAAAGAAACAAGACCUCUGACAUUAUCCACGCCCGUGUCAUCAAUUUGAUCAAGGAGUGGACAAGAGCCCACUGGUACCCCGCUCGCGACAUUGAAGCACUUCCCAAGCUCAUCGAGUUUUUCAAAGAGUUGGCCAGCGGGGCCAGUCCUAAGCUUACCAGCACCGCAAAGCGUAUGCUUACCUCUCUCGAAGAGAUGAUGGCGAAGCCAAAACUCGAUGCCAAAGCCGGACCUUUCGCCGACUCCUUGGAUCGAAUGAGGUCUGCCGGUCGACUAAGAGACCAACAACAAGCCCUCAAUGCCGCUGCAGCGAACACUACUUUGCCCCCCACUACCCCUAUAUCGGCAAACCCGGCGUCCGAUGCCACUCCUGCACCGGAGCUAAGCAAGAGCCUCUUGAACAAGCUCAAGGCGAAGCAAUUUGCUUCUCUAUCUCCUACUGAUUUUAGCCCUAUCGAGAUGGCGAGACAGCUCACCCUACUGGAAUGUCGUCUCUACUGCUCCGUACCUCCGGAGGAGGUCCUCGAGAUUGGCAUGAGCGGGAAGAAGACGCCCAAUGUCAAGGCCCUCAGCACUCUUAGUACCGCUAUCACUGGAUGGGUCACUGACCUGGUCCUCAAAGAGGGUCUUGAUGUUAAGAAGCGUGUCGCCAUCAUCAAGUUCUUCCUCAAAGUCGGAAAGGAGUGCCUCAAUUUGAGCAACUUUAGCACGCCCCGUUCCAUCAUGGCUGCUCUUGGGUCAACGCCGGGAAUUUCACAAAAACAUCGAGCUGUAUUCCAAGAGAUGCACGACUUGCAAGAUUACAGCCGCAACUCUGCUCGUUACCGCGAGAGGCUCCGCCGUACUGUGGCGCCUGCCGUUCCCUUCCUUGGAUUAAUCUUGACCGAUGUGACCUUUACGCGAGAAGGGAAUGGUGCCCAUAGACCAUCUCCUGCUGAUUCCAACAAGAUGCUCAUCAACUUCAAUCGGUACAACCGACUUGCCAAAAUUCUGGGUGAUAUGAUCCGACUACAGCAACCGUAUAGUCUUAAAGAAAUCCCCGAGGUUCAGCAAUACCUCAAUUUCAUUUUGGAUCCCAGUCGCAUGACAGCGGAUGAGGAGGUGCUCCACCGUCGCAGUCGUCUCAUUGAACCACGUGUUGAAGAUGACAACAGGCAAGCGAAAGGAACUGAUAUCUUCGGAUGGGCCUCCAACUUCGGAUCCGUUCGAGGCAAUCCAAUGACGGUUCUCGUGGCCAUAGGAAUUUUAGGAUAUUCCUCUGAUUCGUUGGACUCGACUGUGAGAGAAAUACUUAGGAAAUGCAAUGACAAUUGGUUAGUGGAAGACGUGAACGAGCCCAACUUGGUUUCGACCACAUUUCACGACUAUGGGGUCAGUAAUGUUGAACGUGCCCAGGUGCGAAGUAAAGGGGAAAGAUUCAACGUCGGAGCGUUUUUAGAGGAGACGAGCCCAUAUGCGUGGUCUUCGCUCGGUGUUGGUCUCUGUCUCGGCCUGAGCGUCCUAGGAGCUGGAUGGUCAGCGCUCGCGAAAGAAUGA